GAGACACUGGUCAUUACCUAGAAAGUUGAGGGAGGGCUUAUUUGUAACCAUGCAUGCAGAGGAGUACAACCGCAGAGGCAAGGAGCUGGUGGACUACAUCACAGAGUACCUGAGCAACAUCAGGGAGAGGCGGGUGACCCCGGACGUGCAGCCGGGCUACAUGAGAGAGCUGCUGCCCGAUACCGCACCGUUGGAAGGGGAGAGCUGGGAUUCCAUCUUCCGAGACGUAGAGAAAAUCAUAAUGCCAGGGGUGGUCCACUGGCAGAGUCCCCAUAUGCAUGCCUACUACCCAGCCCUGACCUCCUGGCCCUCACUGCUGGGGGACAUGCUGGCUGACGCCAUCAACUGCCUCGGCUUCACCUGGGCGUCCAGUCCCGCGUGUACAGAGCUGGAGAUGAAUGUUCUUGAUUGGCUGUGCAAGGCUCUGGGGCUGCCCUCCUUCUUCCUCCACUACCACCCAGACAGCAUAGGAGGGGGCAUCAUACAGAGUACCGUCAGUGAAUGCACCCUGGUGUCUUUACUGGCGGCCCGGAAAGACAAGAUCCUGCAGCUGAAGAAGACAGACGCAGACGCAGAUGCAGACGACUCCGUGAUCAACUCCAGAUUCAUCGCAUAUGCAUCUGAUCAGGCACACUCGUCGGUGGAGAAGGCUGGACUCAUUGCCCUGGUGAAGGUCCGGUUUCUCCACACCGAUGAGAACUAUGGGCUGCGGGGCUGCACUCUACAAUCCGCCAUCAAAGAGGACCGCAAGAAAGGCCUCAUUCCCAUCAUGCUCUGUGCAACCUUGGGUACCACAGGAGUCUGUUCUUUUGAUUACCUAUCGGAGCUGGGACCUGUCUGUGCCAGAGAGGGCCUGUGGCUGCAUGUGGACGCUGCGUACGCCGGCUCGGCGUUCCUGUGCCCCGAGUUCCGAGGGUACCUGGAGGGCAUCGAGUACGCCGACUCCUUCGUCUUCAACCCCUCCAAAUGGAUGAUGGUGCACUUCGACUGCACUGCCUUCUGGGUGAGGGAUAAGUGUAAACUCCAGCAGACCUUCAGUGUCGACCCCCUCUAUCUCAGGCACGAUAACUCAGGAGCCACCGACUUUAUGCACUGGCAGAUCCCACUGAGCAGACGCUUCCGCUCUCUGAAACUCUGGUUCGUCAUGCGCACCUUCGGACUGAAGAACCUACAAGCACACAUCAGACACGGGGUGGAAAUGGCUAAGCUGUUUGAAUCGCUGGUGAGAGGUGACCCUAACUUCGAGAUGCCUGCCAAGCGCCACCUGGGCCUAGUGGUUUUCUGUUUGAAGGGGGGCAACACGCUGACCCAGGAGCUGCUCCAGAAGCUGACCAAGUCGGGCGCCAUGUUCCUGAUCCCGGCGGCCCUCCACAACAAGCUCAUCCUGCGCUUCACCGUCACCUCCCAGUUCACCACCCCCGAGGACAUCGUCAAGGACUGGGCCCUCAUACGCCACACCGCCGCCGCCAUCCAGCGCAGGCUGUCACGCAGACUCUCCGUCAGCACGCCUGAGCUGAAUGAGGAAGCAUUGAAACCAGAGCCACAGAGACCUGAAAUUCCCGAAGUUCCCGAAAUUCCCGUCAUCAUUCCGAGCGCUAAGAGGACGGUGCGCUCCCUCAGCUGCAGUAGCGCCUUGACGACAGUCCUCAGAGACUCACCGGUGUUCUCCAACAAAGCUCCAGCAGCCGACGAUUCCGAUUCCGUCGCCGCGGGUGGUGGUGGGAAUCUGGCUGGCAUUCCGGAACAGGGUCAUGGAAGCAUCCUGGGCAGGAAGGUUCUGAAGAAGCUGACCAAGUUCUAUAGCAUGCCCAGCUUCGCCCAGACGUGGAGGCAGUGUGGCAUGCAGCAGCAGGCGUGCCCGUCUCAACCCUGGAUCAUCAGCAGUAGGGUCAACUGCUUCAACUGCUUCAAAAUACCACACAUGGACUCCUAUGCACUUCCUACUAAAUAGCCACAUGUACUGUAAGGGUACAUACCAGUUAUAUACAGGGUUCACAAAACGUUUGGGAUAUUAUUGGACUUUCUGUAAAAUGUAUGAAAAAGUAAAUUAAUUGAAGUGAAUUAGUGUUAAGUAUCAGCUGCUGUGCCUCUGUGCUGGGAGAUGAGGUUUUAGAUGAGGAUUUCGGCAAGGCUACCUGAAACUCAAAUAUCCCUAUUUUUUGUGAACAGUGUACUUGUAUAGUACAUAAUAAUACAUACUGGUCCAUUGACUCACUGUUAUUAUAAACAAGAGUCGUUUAUUGAAACAUAUCUUUUGUCACAGCUUCAGGUGGCCAGUGGCACAAGCCCGUCAGAUGACCAUUUCUUGCAAAAUGUAAAAAUAAAAUCAAGUAAUAGAAAAUAAAUGGUAUGCAUUAUA